AUUCUCGAGGGUGUCAGGCUGUGAGCAGAGAGGUUCUUUCAGACACGUUAUUUUUUUAUCUGGAGAAGAAGCAGAAAGUGACUAACGAUGGAUCAACCAAACAUGCCCGAUUACGUGAAGAGUUUGGAUCGCUCGCGACAUCAUGCUGGGCAUACUGAAGAAUGCGGUCCGUGUGAAUGCGCAAAGGCCCUUGAAGACUUGGUCGACGAUCAUGGAAGGCAAGAUAUGGAAGAAAAGACAUUGGCACUUAUUAAACCUGAAGGCGUACCGCAUUUGAAAGAAAUUUUGCAAACUAUAAAAGAUGAAGGAUUUGACAUCAUACAGAGACGCAAGGUAUUUCUCACACCUGAACAGGCAAGUGAACUGUACAAAGACCACUAUGGACAAGCAUAUUUCCCUUUACUUAUUUCCCAUAUAUCCAGUGGACCCAUUUAUGCACUUUGCUUGUCCAAACCAAAUGCUGUCAAAGAAUGGAAGAGAAUAAUUGGACCAAGGAGUGUUAAAGAAGCAAUUCGUGAAUAUCCAGACACUUUACGAGGCAGAUUUGGAGAUCCUUCAGAGGACAUGCUAAAUGCUGUCCAUGGAAGUGACUCUCGGGCAGAGGCAGAAAAGGAAAUUCACUUUUUCUUUCCAGAAAUGAUUUUGGAGCCUUUACUGACAGGUGAUAAAUGCACCGAUUAUCUUGCAGACAACGUCAACCCUACUUUACUGGAAGGACUCUCAGAACUCUGUAAGCAAAAACCUGUUGACCCUAUUGUAUGGCUAGCUGAUUGGCUGCUCACCAAUAAUCCUAACAAACCCAAAACCAACAAAGUUAUUACAAGAGUGCCAACAUAAAUAAAAUAUUUUUCCGUGAUGUGUUUGUGCUGCAAAUUGUAUCUUGUAUUAGAGUAACAAUCCAGCACGUACUUAUAAGAUUGAUGUUGUAUCUGUUGUAUCUCAACGGCUUUUAAUCAAGCAUCUGUACUUUCAAGUGCCUUUAUUCUACAGCUGAAGAGCA